GGGUUUCUCUACUGUCUCACUCGUGCGUUCAUUAUAUCCUCUUCUUAUGCUAAGAGAGUUGUUCUUCCCAUCCCCCUUCUCAUUAUUUGCUCCAUCUUCUUAUUAAACACACUUGUCUGGUUUUGUUUUUUCAUCACAGCAACCUUCUUUUGCUUAAUCUACUUUGCUUUACUUCUAAAAGUGAAAAAUCAAAUCCGUAAACCCAGAAGAACAAAAAAAUAUUACAUUCUGUCAAUUUCGUUGUUUUUCUGUGUCUCUUGAUUUCAUUUUCUGCCAAUUUCAACUUCUUGUCGAUCAAUUUUACUUGAAAAAGAAAAAAAAUGGCAUACAUACCAUGUUCAACUUCAUUUACAGACCGAUUGUGCUUCGGCUUUCCAUAGGCAAAGGAGUUUGGAGAGAUAAGGUGUAAGUUAUGUUGAGAUUCAAGUCCAUCAACUCUCAAAUCUGAGUCGUACACGUUGGCAAUGACACACUACGAUGCUUUGAGGAACGUUAAUAGGAAAGUCAACCCUUUGGUCAAAGCGGCACCUCUAAAAUCUUUGAUCUAAAGUCUACGAACUUCAGGUACAUGAACAUUUCUCCAAAAGAAAAAGAAAACCAAAAGAUUUGCAUACUGCUCUGUUUUUCUUCAAGCCUAGUCUCGAUCACGAGCUAAGAUCGGAGAAGCAGACGAAUUGAUAAGCUGAAGGUGCCAUGGCGAUGGAGAUACUCACUGCAAUUAUUCCUACAAUAAUUGACUACACAAUUAGACCACUUGGACGGCAAGUGAGUUAUGUCAUUUUCUGCAAAAGCAACCUUAAAGAUCUAAGAAGUACAUUGAAGAAUUUUGAUGCUGUCAAAGUUAGGAUGAAGCAUGCAGUUGAGGAAGUCGAAAGAAAAGUUCAUCAAAAAGUGGAAACUGAUGUCCUGAACUGGCAGACAGAAGCGGAUGAGAUCACUCGAGAGGCAGAAACACUCUUGCAUGAUGAAGGCCGUGCAAAGACGAAGUGUCUCAUUGUAUGUCCUAAUCUGAUAUCCUAUCAUCAACGUAGCAGGAAGGCAACAAAACUGAUGAAAAAGAUUGAAGAACAUGAAAAUAAAAAAAAAGAGUUUUCGAGUGUUUCUUACGAAGCUCCCGUAGAAGACGUAUCUGCCAUAGCCUCCGACGAGUACAUGGCCUUUGAAUCAAGGAUUUCUAAGGUGAAGGUUAUCAUUACAGAACUGAAAAAACCUGAUAUCAACAGGAUUGGGGUGUACGGAUUAUGGGGCGUUGGGAAGACAACACUUGCCAAAGAGGUUUACAGAGAAGCUGUGAAACAGAAGUUAUUUGAUGAUGUGGUUAUAAUACUAAAUGUCAAAGAAAAAAAAGACAACGAAAAAAUUCAAAAAGAAAUUGCCAAAAAGUUGAGGAUGGACGUUGAUGAAUCUGAGGAUAUGGCAACAAGGGCGAAUCUCCUACGAGCCAGGAUAAAAGAUGGGAAGACUCUUGUCAUUUUAGAUGAUGUUUUGGAAAGAAUUGACUUUGAGGAUAUGGGACUCGUCGGUGUGCCGAACUGUAAUUUAUUGUUGACUUCUAGAGAAAGAAAAGUUUUAUUCAAUGAUAUGCGUAUGCAAAACAAUUUUGAACUUGGAUUUUUAACAGAAAAAGAAAGUUGGAAUUUGUUUGAGAAGAUGGCAGGUGAUGUUAAAGACAACCGUAUACUGAAGGAAGCAACCCAGCUAGCAAAGAAAUGUGGUGGUUUGCCGGUUUUGGUUGUUGCAGUUGCAAGUGCUUUAAGGGAUAGUAGUUUGGACGAAUGGAAAGUUGCGUUGGGAAGUUUCGAAAGAUUUGACGAGAAAGAGUUGAAUGAAAAAGCAUUCUUGGCUCUAAAGUGGAGUUACGAACGAUUGGAGGAAGAGCUUAAGCAAUUGUUCUUGCUUUGUGGAAUUUGCAGCAAUUUUCUCAGUGACUUGUUGAAGUAUAGUAUGGGUUUGGGUUUGAUAAAAAAUGUUGAGACAGUGGAAGAGGCACGGACUUCAUUGAAUGGAAUGGUUAAAAAAUUAAAAAAUUCUUGCCUAUUGCAGGACAGCUAUGACGAUAGAACUGUUAGAAUGCAUGAACUUGUACGAUAUGUUGCUGUCCGGAUUGCAACUGAUGAUCAAAAUGCCUUUUCAAAAGCAUAUGGAGAUGAGGUGAAACGAUGGCCAACUGUGGAUUUCCUUAAAAAAAGCACAAGGAUUUCCUUAAGACAAUGCAAGAUCCCCAAUAAGUUUCCUGAAGUACCUUGGGAAUGCCCAGAAUUAAAUUUGUUGAUCUUGUCCGAUAAUAGUAUGGGCGACUCCCAGGAAAUCCCAAGCAAUUUUUUUGAAGGGAUGAAAAAACUCAAAGUGUUGGAUGUCAGUGGAAUUCGUAUUCCGUCGCUACCUCCGUCUCUUCUAUCCCUAAAGCAUCUCCAGACAUUGUGUUUAGAUCGGUGCGAGUUGGUAGACAUAACUCUUGUUGGACAGCUAACAAACUUGAAAAUUCUUAGCCUCCUAGAGUCCAAGAUUAAAGAGUUGCCCAAAGAAAUAGGGCAAUUGACUCGGCUACAAUUAUUGGAUUUGACCGGUUGCUCUGAACUUGUUCUGAUCUCACCUGGUGUUAUAUCAAGCUUGACAAAACUAGAAGACUUGAGGAUGGGUAUAAAAAGCUUCAAGCGAUGGGAGGGUGAAGGUCCUACUAGCGGAGGCAGUAAUGCUACUAUUUCGGAGCUGAAGCACUUGGCUGAACUAACUGCAUUAGACAUACAUGUUCCAGAUGCUAACCUUCUUCCAGCCAACUUGUUCUCCGAUAAGUUACAAAGAUACACCAUACUCAUCGGUGAUUGUUGGGAGUAUCCUAACACGUACGGAACCUCCUCUAACAUGCUAAAACUCAAGCUUACAGGGAGAAAUCAAUUCGACCAAGGUAUAAGGUUGUUGGUAAAGAAAUGUGAGCAAUUGUACUUGGAUGGGAUGGAGAUUGUGAAUAUUAUUUCUUAUCUAUUUAACAGUGAAGCUGUUAAUCAACUGAAGCAUUUCCAUGUCCAAAACAACGACGAAGUUAAAUAUGUCAUUGACUCCGUCAAUUGGAGUUAUUCACAUAAUGCCUUCUCCUGCCUGGAAUCUCUAGCUCUUGAAGACCUUGUGAGUUUGGAAAGUGUAUGUUAUGGGCAACUCAUAGGCGAAUCUUUCCGAAAGUUAAAAUCUUUGAGACUUCGGAAUCUACCGAAGCUUAUUGGUUUCUCUUCCGAAGGCAAGCAAUUAACGAUUGCUACAGAAGCCGACGAAAUCGUCAAGGAGGAUGAAGUUGGUGGACCAUCGAGACUGUUCAAUAAUGGGGAGGUUUCGAUGCUAACGACCUUGACUGUGCAUGGAUGUGAUAGUCUAAGAUUCUUGUUUUCGAGUUCCAUGGCUAAAUGUCUCAGACAACUCAAACAUCUCAAGAUAUCUAAAUGUCAAGCACUACAAAUGGUAUAUGAGACAUAUCAUCUACCAACUCAGUUGAAUAGUUUUGAGUGCUCAAAUCUAAGCUCAAUUGAGAUAGACUCAUGUGAUGGUUUGGAAAAUGUCUUUCCCGCCUCAGUGGCCAAAGAUCUUAAGCAGCUAAGCAAGUUGAAGGUUAAGAAUUGUGGUUUAAUGGAGGUUGUUGUGAAGGAAGAAGGACCACAAACAACAUACGAGUUCGGGUUCCCUAAGGUAACAUUUAUGGAACUUGAUAAUCUGCCCCAACUUCGGAGUUUCUAUUCAGGAUUUCAUGUUUGUAAUUGGCCAUCACUCAACACAUUAAAGUUCACGAAAUGUGGUGGUGUGGAGAUUUUUGCUGCUGAAUUUUCAACAUAUCGAGACAAGUCUGUGUUGGGCCACUCAAGAUCAACGGAACAACCUUUCUUUUUAAUUGAGAAGGAUAAGUCAUUCCUCAACUUGGAAUACUUGGUUUUGGACGAGAACACAGAGAUUUUGUAUGGUCCACUCCCGGCAGAGUUGUUGAGAAAACUAAAAGGAAUUGGUUUUGCUACUUCACAUCCCAAGUCGGAUGAUUUCUUUGAGAAUUUACAGAAUAUUGAACGGCUCCGUGUGCUCUCUGCUCCUUGGAAAGAAUUAAUUGUCCACGACCACCAAGGAAGUAGUAGCGGGGAAAUACAUGAAGUUAAGACCCUCCCACGUGUAAAGAGUUUGUGGCUGUGCAAUAUGCCGGAGCUGAUACAUCUAGGAAAGGAGAACUCCCAACCAGGGGGCCCUGUUUUUCCAAACUUGGAAUUUCUAUGCCUAAAAAAAUGUGGCAGAUUAGAGAAUCUAGCUUCAGCUUUGAUAUCCUUUCGGAAUCUAACCACUUUGACCAUAUUGGAUUGUCACGGACUGCAAUACUUAAUACCUUAUUCUGUGGCUAAGAAUCUGCAGCACCUCAAGAAGUUGGUAGUUAAAUCCUGUGAAAGAAUGGUAGAAAUAGUGGCAAGCAACGAAAAUGAUUCAGAAAAUGAGAUUACUUUCAAUUGCUUGAAAGAUUUGCAACUUUCUGGUCUACCAAGUCUGCAAGGAUUUUGCAAGGGAAAUUGCAUUUUCAAAGUCCCAUCCUUACCCACUUUGAUUGUCGAGGACUGCCGGCUGAUCAAGUUAAAGAUUUCUCCUGAUGGGUUACUCCAAAGUGAUGAUGCACUAAUUAAGCAUGAUUGUGAUCAAACGGACCAGCUGAUGAUUGCAGAUACAAAUUUAGAUGUUACAAUUGUAACACCCUCUACCAAAGAAGAAUCCUCAUUUUUUGGAGGGCAUGUUAAGUUUUUCCGGGUGUGUGUGAUUGCUUGUUUGUGUGUUGUAUUCUUCUUUCUUUGGUUUUUCCUUUUAAAGGAAGAAAUAUCAUCCUCGGGAGCAGACUGGAAGGCUCUCUGAUCUAUUGGACCACACAACACAUUCCCCAGAAAUCACAUUGGUAUGACCAAAUUUUUUGGAUAGAGACAACUAUGCUACUUGAUGUCGUGCUAUGACUGUUAGUCGUAGUUCCAAGAACAAGAUGGGCACUGCUCUUAUUGUCAGUGACCGCCAUAUUGGAUUUAAGCUGGCAAAGCUUCCUCCUCAAGGAAGAAGCCUUGGUUAUGUGAUUUCUGUGGGCUAGAGGCCAGUUCUAGCCUUGGUUAUAUGAUUGCUUGGACCUUUUUGGCUUCGGCGUUACUGUGGUGGUUGAAUCAGGGGCAUUGGAGAUCCUGAAGAUGCAGGCUAUGUUGCCUUUAGCGUUAUUGUGGUUGCUACUUUCAGUAUACUUCUUUCUAAUUUCUCUUGUUGCUGUGACUAUUCUCUGUUCACCCCUCAACGGUCUGUGCCCAGCUUCGUAUCCGAGGCCGAUCUCAUCUUGUUUGAUAUAAGCCUGCAAGCUACGGCAUCAACUGAAAGGGUAUCCCAGAAACUUGUGUGAUUUGGGUAGGCACUGAUACAUAUUCCAAGUCAUGUUAUGCUUGUGUUGAUUUGUUAGUGUUUCGUGGUAAAAGUGUGAUUUGUAUUUGGAGCUUUAUUCACUACAUUUUCGGUAUUUGUUGUUUGGGAAAUAAUGCUAGUGUGAUUUCUGUAAACAUUGAAGCAUUUGAAGUGGUGCUUGUAUGCACUUGUCUACCGAAACUGCUUUGUACUAGAGAGUGCUUAUUCUUUACUAAAAUCGGAUCAAUAGAAUCGCAUCUUUUAACUGGA